GUACGGUCAGAUACCAGCUUAUCCCUCGGGAGUUAUCUGAGCUAGUUAUUAUUUCCAUAUUAGUACCAAUUCUGGAGGAAAAAAUGGCUUUGACACAAGAAUCUCUUUUGUCUUUUCUGCUGGAGCACGGAGGCAAAGUGAAAAACUCGGAGCUGGUGAACAACUUCAGGACUCAGAUCAACUGCAGCGAUCCCGCGGAAAAGCAGCACAAUAGGGACCUUUUCAAGAAGUUGGUGAACAGCGUCGCAGUGGUGAAACAGAUCGACGAGGUGAAGUUUGUGGUCGUGAAGAAACGCUAUCAGGACUUUAUCAAAGAGGGAGCGCAGGAUGCAUCCCCGCAAAAAAAAACGCAGAUGGACGACGAGCAAAAUACCCUCUUUUCGUUAUCACCUCCUCAUCGAGCUGAGGCAGGCAGGGUGAUUUAUUCUGACAUUGAAAACAAUAAUACGUGUUACCCCUCGAACAAAAAUGGAAACUAUUAUAGUGAUGCCAAAUGUAAGUCGGUGGGGAGUAUGCAGGAAAAGAGGCCGUUAUUAAGAAGCAUUAGUGGGGAGGCAACCACGGUUAAAGUCCUGAAUAUCUCCGGAGAUCAGGCGAGCAAAGCGAGGAAAUCUGGUGCUGUUUUUGCUGUCAUAGCGGUAAAAUCCCCCCCGAGAGACUCUGCACCAGCAGCACAUGAUGGAUUACAUUACUCAGUGCAUCCACAUACAACCUCAGACAAACCAAUCACGUUUCUAACCAAAGUUUCUUCGCCAUCAAUACCAACUCUUAACUUUCCAGCUUGCAAAAAGGGAGGACAAAGUGAGUCCCAGUGUUGGAAAAACAGACAGACUGAGGACAUGCAACCCCCAAGAUUUCCCCUGGGGAGGACCCAAAGCAAGAAAGAUGAUGCAAAGUACUCUGAGUCGGUGCCUUUAGAGCCAUUAGCUCAUGAGUGGUUGGUUAAGUGUGCUGCUGGACUGUGGGGACACAUCCAUGGUCUGCUGCUGCAGGACACAAGGUUGGCACAGAAGAAGGACUUCAUGUCAGGAUUCACAGCACUGCACUGGGCUGCCAAGGACGGCAACAGUGAGAUGAUACAGAAGCUGCUGGACAUCUCAAGGAAAAGAGGAACCUUUGUAAACAUCAACAGUAAAGCACACGGAGGAUACACACCUUUGCACAUUGCAGCCAUGCAUGGACACACUGAAGUAAUGGUUCAGCUUGUGCAAGGUCAUGGAGCCAGUGUUAAUGAAAGAGAUAAUGAUGGCAAGAAGGCCUUUCACUACCUGGGCAAAAAUGUGUCAUCUGAAGUCACAGCACUUAUGGGAGGACUGCAGCAGAGCAAGUGCAGAGAAAAGACAGACGAUGAAGAAUACAGAGAGCACCAGAAAGGCUUCAACACGAUAAGUAAACUGUUCCAGCCGCACAUAGGGAGGAAGCAAAAAAACAAGUAUGCUCAUGAAUGGUGAGAUUGACAUGCAGGAUAAGGACAAUAUGACAAUUGCAAUAGCUAAUACUUUCCUAGUUAGAUUAUUGUGUUAAUAUGAAAAAACAAAACUGUUGUUUAUCCUCUAAAUCACUUAACGUGUAUGAUGUGUUUUCACUUUUGGUCUCUCUGUACUUUACUAUUGUAGCGCUUACUGUUGGAUGUACUAUUUAUAAGCAAUAUGUUUUAUUUAAUCAACUUUGUUUCUUUAGCUUAAUUUUGUGUAUUAAGAAAUAGUGUUAUUUGGAACCUCUUUAAUUUAUUUCUUACUAACAACAUAAGCAUAUUUUCAUUACUUUUUGUCAAACACAUCUGUAGAAGUUACCUAUUGAUUUGUGACUUCAAAGUAUGAGAACAUAUUAAAUAUGACCCCCAUCGGAAACAGUUGCAAUGAACACUGUUGUGAAACAUUGUGUUGAGCUUUUGUGCAGAACAAAUCUAAUUAUGAUAUAACUAUGAUCAAUAUAAAUCUCCAAAAGAGAGAUAAAACAUUGGAUAAUCUUGUGGAGAAAAUAGAUGUAGGUUUCAAACCUUUUGAGAAAGCUUCCUCUCCCUUUCAGUAAAAGCAAAGGGGACCUUUCAGGGGGCCUGUUAUGAAAAGCAGGCCAGCAGAGUGGCGGAAUGUCUCCUUUAUCAAUCUCUUUGUGAACCUUAGCUGUAACGGGUGAGAAAGGCCUCCCUUUGUGGGACAACAUGGGCUUCAUUCUUUAGGGUGAUGUGUAAAGUAAAAAAGACGUUUUGACCCAAAUACAACAUAGUCAUCAAUCAUUUCCAUUUUGAUUAAGGAUUUCAGCCAAAUACAAGUUAAAACAUGAUUCUCUCAACUGCAAACAAAGAAGCCACAGAAAAAACAUUGUAAUUUUAAUCUUGUCAUUAAUGGAAUGUAUGUUCCCAGAUCAGAAAUGCUUGAAAACAGUAUUUUUUUUGUGCCAUUUGUCCUUUAGUAACCCAGAGGAAACAAUCCCAGUAUGACAUGAAAAGAGUUGGAGCUGAGACAAUGAAGCCAUACGCAAAACCGUUCCAGAACAAUGUCCUUGUCUUAUCUGGAAAAGAAGCAGCUUGGAUAAUAAUCCACGAAAAAGGCAGCUGCACUCACAGCAAAUAUUCAACAUUGUAGACUGUAUUAUGCGUUAAAUCUCAUCUCAAAACUAUUCUUUGCAAUGAAACUGAAGUAUCAUGAAAAGGAAUAUACCACACAAAACCUCUUGUGUCUCUUUUGUUAGUUCAAACAAAAUGUGCAAACAUCAAAGACUGCAUAACAAUACUGUGGCAUGGUCCAGGCCUGGUAUCAUUUCCUGUCAGUACAACAUGGAAAAGUACAACACAGUAGUGUGCAGUGUACCUUUUAGUAUUAAUAUGUUAUGUGUAACAGACAAAAAGCCUAGCCUUUCGGUCCUAGAAGCUACAAUAUCCCUUCAUAAAAUGAAAGUGUUGGAUGACACAAACUAAAUAAUUCUAUAUUUAGUGCCUUGCAAGCAGUGGCACUAACGUCAUGUCAUGUCAUGUGGAAGAUUUU